AUGGAUAAUCCGUGUCUGGAUCUUCAAGGCCUUGGUGUGUCGAGCUUCUGGGGCAUCAAAGACACUGGAGUGGAGUAUGUCACCAUUGACCUGCGAAACAAUUCUCUGCGGAAUUUUGAGCACUUUGGCACCCACCCAAAACUGGUCGAACUGCAGCUUCAAAACAAUCAAAUAGAGAGUUUAAUGGGUCUGACACGACAACCUUCGCUUGCUGCGCUGGAACUUGAUGGGAAUCCCAUUGCCGCCCAUCCAUGGUAUCGUGUCAUGGCACUAAUGGCUGUUGGGUUUUCCAUCACAAAAAUUGACGGAGUUGCCGUUUCGGUAAAUGAGCGCGACAUGGCACGGGCCUUGGGUCCUGCUGCUUCCCUUGCAGUCAGUUAUGGAUGGAAAUUGCAGCCAGGGGAGCGGUCACCAGAAGAGUAUCGCCAUGUUAUAGAAGAAUGCAAAAAGGCCCGAAAGCGCUCUCUGCAACAGCAGGGCUCUUUACGAACCAUUGCACACGUGCUGAAGCGAAACGAGGCCACUGGACUCGUGGCGGCCCCCAUUCCUGAGAAAAAUUUUGCGGAGGGUGGCCGGGAUGCUUGGAACUUGGAAUCUCUUUCAGCACGUGUGAGACAGCUCGAAAAUUUACUUAGCAAUGCAAAGGAAAAGCUGGAAACUCAGCAGGCACUUUGGAGAGAGAACGUUGAAUUGGACCGGGUGGAGGGUCUAACCGGCGCGGAGCUUUGUCGUGCGCGAAGUAUUUUGUUUGCUGAUGGCAUUUAUUUGCGUACAAACACAAUGGCUUUGCCACCUCACAAACGAAAUGGGUUGAUAAGUGGCUCUCUCAUGUUUGAAGGGUUGUCAUUGGUUCUUCUUAGUUUUAUGUCAAGAGUUCGUUUGGCUGAAUGGGCACUGGAUGGCAUAAAGGCUAGGUACUAUCCACCGAAUUUUUUGCGUAUCGAGGGGACAUAUGGAGCGAUUUUUGAUAUCUCAUUUGAGAACACUCUUUCUCUUUGGACUGUGUACAAAUUGAUUUACUUGCGAAGCGGAAUGCCGGUACCGCCUUUACAUUUGGAGGACGAGGUCGGAGUUAACGCCAUGUUGAGAAGAAGCACAACUGCAGACAUGGCUCUGAACGCCAAUGAGAAGACCGGUAGAUCCAGCAGCACCGGUACCGAAGAGGAGGGAGGCCAUGGGGAACGCGAGUCACGAGAAGAGAUCAUUGGUAGAGUGACCCCUUUUUUUUCGGGACCAAGAUCUCUUCACGAAGAUGAGGGCCCACUUGGGGAUUCCUCUUUUUUAGAGGAUCGAAGCGUGCAGCCGGUCUCAAAUACGGCGGCUUCGUCAGGAGAGAAUGUGCUGCGGGACAGCUCUGUUGAUGAAGGGUCCAUCAGCCGCCCUGUGGCUGAUGCUUCCACGUUCAAUAACGAAGGGCACACGGAAGAGGAUCGCAACACAAAUAAAGCAGUACGUGCCAGAGACUUGUCAUUGCCACGUGGACAGCCUCCACCACCUUCACGAGCACCGAUUCGUCGUUGUACCCUCACAUUUGCACCAUUGAUCCCAAAACGUCACCCUUCGUCUAACAGGAGUUCUGGUGCUUCGGGGAACUCGAAUUUCAUUGACAGAGUUCCGGUGUGCCCUGGGGCUGGCCUUCACUUCCAUAUUCAUAAAUUUCGCAUUGCUGCGUCAGAUUCAGAUUCGGAUUCGGAUUCGGACUUGUUGGUGAAGAGCCAUUCUGAAAGGCGACUGUAA